CCAAUAGUUUAUUUCUUCUUCUUCUUCUUCCACAAUAAAAAUCCCAAAAAGAUCACUUUUUUCUUCUUCUUUAUCUUCUGUGUUUUCCCUCCCUCACUUUCUUCACGUAAAACAAACAAAGCCUUUGAAUCAACAAAAAUGCGAUAAAUUCUGACCAAUCUCUUUUCCCCCAUUAUUGGAAUACUGUAAAUCAAACAAGUCUUGAACGGAACAGACGUGCCAAACAGUUACCUUCGUCUGCCUUCAUCACUGUAAAUUGAAGGUUUGCUGCAAUGGCUUCUUCCACGAGAUUGGCCACCCUCAUAAGCUUCAUUGCUUUCUCAACAUAUUUCUUUUUCAUCAUUUUCCAAGUUCCCAUUUUUAGGGUUCCAUGCAGAAUGGGAAUAUGUAAGACACCAUUAGAAGUGACAUCUUCUCAGUUAAUUUCAAGUGAGGUCUUCCCUCUUUUCAUAGUGAAGACUCUUCUCUACCCAGGUGCUUUUGUAAAGGCAAUUUGCAAGCAGAAAAGCAUCCCAACCUAUGGAAAUUUGCUCAAGUUGUACAAAUUAAGUGCAAGAGCUAUGUCUGCCACAUCUGAUCUCCAACACCUAGAGGUUCUGGCUGGAAGCUAUUUGGCUGUGGGAGGAGCAAUAGCAGGUCUGAUAAAACCAGGGAGAAUGAGCCUUUUUGGAAUACUACUUUUGAUGUGGGGUCUGAUUAGGGAACUCAUUAUGGGAAAAUCUGGUAUCCAUAUCUAUCCAGCAAUGUAUAUUGUGCUUGUCUUAGCAUUCUUCUCCAUUAGAAGGGAUGUCAGAAAGAUAAUCCGUAGCUUCGACCUAAAGCACAUUGUGAAGGCAAAACGUUUCUAAAUGAAAGGUAAAAUGAGGCUGGCAUGGAUGCAUAUAUGGUGUAUGUAAUGUGCUAGGAGAUGGUUCAAUCUGACAGGUAGUUAGUAAUAGUAUUAGCACUUGUGCUCACUGUUUAAGGCAAUUAGAACCACAGGAAUAUAAGACCUCCUAAUUUUAGGCUAGCUAGUGGAGAAUAUGCAGCAUGAAUUUUAUGCAUUAUGCUUGAAUGAGAAUUAGGUGUAGACUAUAUUUAGUUACCUGAUUUUCAUCUCUAAGUCCAUUGUUGCUGUAUAGAACAGGGAUUUGACAAAUUCUUUAGGAGCUACAUAAUGCAACUCAUUUUGGACUUUCAAUACUCUGAUUGCAUUUAUGAAAUCUAUACAAAAAGAAAGGCGUUCUCCAUAACCGAAAUAGGCAUGUAAAGAACGAGUUGUAGUCUUGUAGACAUAUAUUGGCACCUUAUUUUCUUUGUCAGAGUUUAUUGAUGUUCUGAGUAGAGUUUGCAGAAUUUUUUAGGAAAUUCGUAAUGCAGCUUAUAUUGUACACUUUUGGAGUUCUGUCAUGGACAUUUAUCAUUACAUCUGAACUAAAAGGAGGUGUUUAUUUCCAAAACUCAAGUAGCAAAUUCUGUAUUUUCUUUGAGAGCUUAAAAGACCUAUUUGAUGUUUGUUUCAUUGCUUUAUUAAGCUUAAGAAAUGAUAAUGCUUACCAGAUUUUAUUUCUACAAAUGAAAUUGGCUUCUCUGCACAUUAUAAGUAAAGGAAAUUGCAG